CAAACUUCUGAAGAGAAGGAAGUCUGAAACGGGGCUGCAGGGAGUGACUGGAGAAUGGUUUGAAGAAAUGCAAAGACAAAAAUUUCACAAUUAUAUUGAUGUCACUAGGAUGCUAAAACCACCACUGGAACAUCAGCUAAGGAAGAGCAAAAACAUUGAUCAUAAGGAACUAAAAAUGUCAUCCAGCACAAAUCCUCAAGCACAAAAGAACACUUCGGCUUCCUUUCUGGGGUUCAGAUCACCUUUUGCUUGGCUUUUCUCCUUUAGAAAAUCAAGGAAAAACCAGACUCAGAAGCAACCACGAUGUGACAGUUCUGCUAGCCCAUCUUUGAAAGUGGAAGAAAUGGCAACGGCUGAAACGUGUAAUUCCCCAAUGGCAACUGAAACAGACGGUCAUACUUUUGAUGCAAACCAAAAUGAAAUGAUGGAGGAAAGUACACAGGAAUGGAGUGAACAGCUAGAGAAGGAGUUUUUCAGUGUUCUCAAUGAUCUGGAUGACCAGCUGGCCCAGGAACAAGCCCAGGACCCACUGGACAGGACAGUUCCUACUAGCAGUGCAUCAAAUGUCCAAUACAGUACUGCCUUCCCUACCCCAAAGAGGCAGACUGCUAGUAGGGGGCAACGCAGAAGUGACUGGAAUGACAUGCCUAGCACACUUUUCCCAGAUGGACUGAGAACAAUAAGAGCCAAAGAUGAACACAAGAUUUUCAUCAGACCAAGGAAAUUACACAGUGCAUAUAUAAACUGGCACCAGAAAGCCUUUCAAGAUGACCACAGAUAUGGCGACCCAGUUGAUGGAAAUCCUCAUCUGCUAAGCAGCAGGCUGCCUUCUGUUUCUUUUGGGCGGUCUUCAGAAGGUAGCUUAUAUCCUCCUUCCGUAACACACAACAGUGGAUUUAGGCACAAAAGUUGUAUGCACAGGGAUGCAGCUGGCAGAAGUUACUCUGUAUGUUCCCUUUGGAGAUGUCUAUCAUCAGUAUCUUCUGAUCAGCUAUCAGGAUCUAGUUUACAGCAUCCAUUGGCAAGGGGAACCAAGAAUGGCUUUGUACCAAGGUUUAGUCGACAGAACCCAAAGAGAAUUCCUCUGUCUUCUAUUGUAUGGAACAACACACCAGACUCCCCUGAACAAACACCAACCCAAGAAAAAAUGUUUAGAACCCAGUCACUGAUGGAGUUUCAUGCUACAGACCCUGGCAGAUAUUCCAGUGCUUUGCAAGAAACUAAGAAAUACGGAUGUUACCACUCAAAACACCACUACAGAAGAUCUAUUUCAAGCAGUAAUUGCUUUAGUAGAGUUAGUUGCCCUGACAAAGCUACUUCUCCAUUGCCCUUUGAUAACUGGGAAAAUUAUCCAUUCUACAAAUCAGAAAACAAUCUCUCUAGAUCCUACUAUAGAGAUACUUCUUCUCAUGGCAUGUUGUAUGCAAACCAAAAAAAUUCUCCUUAUGGAAAAAAAGACAGCUGUCCUUCUUGGAGUGAUAUUCCUCAGUACUACAGUGAUGAAGCAUUUAUUUCCCCUGAUGCCAGCUUUGAAGCGAUGAUGGCCAAUUUAAAUGAGCAACAGUGGGCACAUACAAAGAAUGCCAAGUUUGGCUCGCAGCGCCUGCAGAAUGAUUUUGACAUGUAUUCUCCAGAAAAUAUGAAUAUCAAAAGGAUAACAAGAAGUGCAAGUAGAACAUUUUCAGAAUUCACUGAGGGCUGUCAGCCUUGGCUAAGUUGUAACUCUUCGGUUUCUGCAUGUAGUACCAGAACUGAUGAGUCAGUCUUUCCUAAUGUGAAGGACCAAAUAAAACCUAUGGGACUGAACAGGAAUUCAGUUGACAUUAUGCAAAGAAGCACUAAAGCGGACUUUACACAACUAGAAAAGGUUGAAGGUACAAAACUGCCAGGUGAAAACAUGCCACUACAGUCAGUUUCUCAACAAACAGAUACAAACUACAUCAACAACCAGAGUUUUCCCUCUAACAGUCCUGCUUCUGCCAUGUUGCAGAGUGAUGCAUCUCUCUUCAACACAAUGAGAUCAAAGAGACAAACCCAAGUCACUGCCAGAGGAGAUACUGCAAAAAUGUGUAUGUCAAACUGUGACAAAAAAAAUGUACAAAUGAAGGGAAACGAUUGCCCACCCAACAGUGUGUUCAGACAGCCUGCGGGUAUUUUGACAGCUGAUGAGAGUGAAAAGGAACCUUUCCUUCCAAGUCAGAAAGACUGGGAACAUAAUCUGCACUAUGCAGCAAAAAAAGAGAGCACCAAACAGGAUAAUCUGAGUACAGAAGCCAUUAACCAAGCUACUCCACAGAAACACUCCUCACUGCUGAAUGUUGCUUCUGCUCCUUCCACUGAAAAAUUAGCAAACUGUCAAGGCACGUUGCCCUGUCCUCCUGUAUGUCCAUCUAGCUCCUCACAAAGCUCUCCACAAGCACCUUCUCAUAAAGGCAUUUCUAAAUGUUUAAGAACAUUAACUAGCUCUUCAGUAAGCAGCACAGUUACUGACUCUCAAGCAGAAGGUGAAAAACCAGCCCAAGCGAGCAGAAUAGGUGUUACUGAAAAGAUUGCACAGAAACCACUGCAAAAUACAGGCACUUUAGAUACUAAGGACUGUAAUGGACAAUUCACUACUAGUUCUUUACAAAAUGGAAAAUCUGGAAAUAUUUAUAUGCACAGCUUUGAUGGAGACACCAAAACCUCUGAUCAUAGUUUAAGUUAUUUUUGCCUUGAAAAAGAAAGCAGAAAAAUAAGGAGUAAUUCACCUUGUACUGAAAGGUUUCACAAGCAAGACAGCUUGCUGAGACACACCAGUAGCUGCAGCAUUACUGGCUCCCCCAGAAGAAACAGCCUCAAAUCUCCUGACCCACUUGUUGUUUAUUACACUUUACCCAGAAAAUCAGCUAGCAUUGCUGGUAGUAUUAUGUCAGAUACGCCCAUCUCUUUACCUAGAGAAAGUAGAACAACAUACAAUUAUUUAAGGUCUGAAACCCCACGUAGAGCUGAUGCCUUUUGUUUUAAUCAAAGAGAUGUGUCUUGUUUAGACUCAAAACAUUCCUUUUCAGCAUCAGCAUCAUUACAUGCUGCUACAAGUAACAAACAAAAAGAUUACUCCAGUCCUUUAACCAAAAGUCCUAAUGAUUCAGUAAGUAGUAACACGUCAGUUGAACUGACAGAUAGGUGUAAACAUCUAAGCAGAGAAGAAUCCUCUGUGUUUUCAGAUUGUAAUGACAGGGGAAAUUUUUUGCAGAAAUACAAAACUACAAGCACAUUUACAGUUUGUGUUGAUGAAGAUCAUGUCAAGUAUCAUGAACUAGUUUCGAUUUAUUACACAUUACCACGGAGGCAUUCAAGGACAUUUUGUAACCUCUUUAGAGAUAAUCCAGAGGAUGCAGAUUUACCUUGUCCCAAAGAAAAUGCUCAUUCACCAAGAAUACAAAACAAGAAAAAUGAAGGUCAUGUGAGUUUAGCAAAUAUUUUUUCCCCCAGUACUGUGGAAAAGGAGGUGCCUUCAUAUUCUUCUGACCAAGUGUCUUCAGCUUUGGUCACACCUCAGAACUUAGGAACUGCUGUUGAUAGUGAGGAAGAGAAUUCCCAUUUAUCUCCUAGCUCUGAGAAGAUAUGUACUCCAAAGUCGAUGAGUAUGGUACAUAACAGGAAAGAUAGUUCAGCAGAUCCUUCAUUAGCAGAAAAUGACAUGGUGACACAAGCCACUCCAAUAGUGGCUAAGUCAGGUAAGGCCAUUUCUGAUGCUUCAAGCAGCCAAAAUACAGAAAUAUGUCUAAAAGAAAGGAAGGAAAUUCUACAGACAGCCGCACCACUAACGUCCACUUUAUCAAUCCCUCCCAAGCAAGGCAGACAUUUAGAGAAGCCUUUGUAUUCUACUUCAACAAAUAAAAAUAUAAUACAGAAGCGAAACUCUGAAAACUGCUGUCAGGCCCCUAAAGUGAAAACCAAUAAAAAUCUGAACAGUUCACUCCUCCGUUCAGGAGAGAAAAAUUCCCUUGGAAGGAGCAGUAACACAGAGCGUGCUGAUGUGCCGCUUUCUCCUGCAGAAGACAGGUACAGGGAUAGCACGGAAGUCAAACAGAGAUUAAAUUUCCGACACCAAGCCAGCCCUCUGUAUAACAAUAAAUGUAGUGGACUGCAAUUAAGGGCUGACAGUUCAAGAAAAAAUGCAAAUGAUUUAAACUCUCGUAGCAAAGUGCUGUCAGAGUCUCAGGGCAAAGCAUCUGAGGUAAGCACAGCUCGCAGUGCUGAUAUAGCACUUCAGCUUGACAAAGUGGUUAGCACAGAUACAGAUGAAGUAAAGAAUUCAAACAUUAAAAGAGAGCAAAGCUCACAGGGUACUCAGAUGGGUAAAGAUUAUAGUGGUUUGCAAGAAUCAGAGAGGCACAGUGAAGGCAGCCUGACCAUGAACUGUAAAGAUAAAGUCCUCAGGGUAACACAAGAUCAGAAGAUAACACCGAGUGCAGAAGACGAGAACAAGCUUCUCUCUGACUGCACAAGAGACAAAGUCAAAGAUAUAGAAAAAAGGAAAAACAGACCUUCAAUUAAAAAUAAACUGGCUGCUGUUUACAAAACAAGUCGAAAAUUUUCAAGUAAAAACUUACCCCCCAAACCGCACAUAAGUAACAUUUUUUCACAGAAUGAUGGAAGUGCUACUUCUUUAGAGGACAACAUGCCCCUUGACUUACUGAUUCCAGCAGAUUCCCAUCAGCCAUUCCUGCAGUCAGAUGACAAAAAUCAGAAUCACAGUCUGGACCCUGAUAAGAAUAUGCCAAGACCAAGAACAACUGAGAAUAAGAAGACUGAAAAUCAGAAUGAUCCUUCUUUGCGUGUUAAUAACGCCAACUGGAGGUCUUUUACAAGCUCAUACACCCAGAAGGAAGCCAUCAGUCGCAAAAAAACUACAGUGAAAGUGGAAAAUAGGCCAAGUCUUACAACUCUCUUUCCAGAUAAAGCAGUACCCACAAGAAAUAAGAAUUCCCAAACUCUUGAUCUCAGAUUAGAAAGCAAGAGCCAGCCCAUCUCUCCCAGUGCUACUACAUCAGACGCUCUGGAUGAUGAGAAAAGAAGAGCUAGAAGUCAUGCCUGCAGUCCUCCCUUGCCACUUUUAACUGACAAAAACUCAAACACGUAUGUAAAUAGCUGCUUGCAGGCAGACAUAUAUCCAGAGCAAAACCUGACUUCCCAGACAGUGCCUGGUCGGUGCCAAAACACCUCUCAGUCUGCGAGCUUAAAAAAUGCUAACUUGCACAGCUCUCAGUUGCACAAGAGUCAUGCCAAAAGUCAGCGUGAGCGUCACCUCUCUGAGGGUAUUUGUGCUCCAGAUUCCCAUGAGACCUUUGCCUCAGGAAGCAAUAUUCUACCAAAAGAGGGCAUACAUGGGAAGAGAUUUAAAUCUUACUCGGAGCUGUUGUCUUGUGAUGAAAAUGAAAACUGGGCAUCAGAUGAUGAAAAAUGUUACAGCACUAGAAAUCUGAUGUAUCCUUCUGUUGAAUUUGGUAUAUUUGGCAAAGAACAACAGUUGGCUUUCCUGGAAAAUAUCAAGAGGUCGCUCACAGAGGGGCGAUUAUGGAGACCUUGUCUCCUUAAUAACCCUGGUGCUCUCAGAGAUGGAGAGACCCCUUCUAUAAACAGGGCUGAGCUUCUGAGCUCAAGUUCUGCUGGGAGCAAAAUGUCAUCGGCUGCUUCUUCCCCCCGAGAACUGGCUGAUAUUUACCAGGAAGACCCAGCAGCUUAUUCAGACUCAGACAGUGAUACCACCACUGAUGAUGAAUACUACCUAGAUGAGGUAGAUAAGGAAUCUGAGCUAUGA